AUGGAGCUUAAAACUUUGAUGUCGGUGGUCUUACUGCUACUAGCAAUGAUCCGAAUAGCAGUUUCUUGGGCUGAUAAAAACAGCCUACAAGAUGCAAUGGCGCUUAUGGAAUUUAAGUCGACUGUCUGGUACGAUCCACUAAAUACUUUCGCGACAUGGCAGGCCACUGGGGUACUAGGCGAGCACCCAUGUAACUUUAAGGGCGUCGAAUGUGAUAUGCGUCGCAUGAGGAUAAAGUAUGUAGAUAUCUCGGGAUGCCAGCUGCGAGGGAUUGUUCCUUCAGUACUCGGUAACAUAACGCUGGCUUGGGGAUUUAACCUUAGUCACAAUGAGUUUAUUGGGACAAUUCCUAGAGGCUUUGGAAGGAUGCCAAAUCUUAAAUAUCUCGACCUGAGCAACAACUUUCUCACGGGGUUUAUGCCAACCGAUCUUGCCAAGCUGCAGUUUUUAAACUUCUACAGCCUCGCAAAUAAUCAGCUUACGGGCUUCCUUGGCUUCCUCAACAUGUCGAGUCUUAGACGUCUCGAUCUGUCUAACAACAGUUUUAGGGGACCCGUUCCAGAAAGUUAUGGUACAUUACUGCCUAACCUCACCCAAUUAGAUUUGUCAAGGAAUAAGCUCACCGGUCCGAUACCCAAAUCACUUGGAUAUUUAGAUGACCUUCGCAGGCUUGACCUCUCUCGCAACUUGCUUACCGGCAACAUUCCUUACUCGCUCGCUAUGGCAACAGGACUUAAUAUGCUCAGACUAAAGUAUAACUUUCUUACAGGGAGAGUUCCAGACACUGACACCAUGCGCUUGUUUGCAAAAGCCUUUUUCCCUGGAAAUGAUGGACUCUGUGGACCAGUGGUAGAAAGAGCAUGUCCAAGCUCGCAGGUCUGGAAGCAAGUCCUUAUGGGACUGUUUCUUCCUCCACUAAUACUUUCAGUCCUUACUGGAGUAGUGUAUUUGGUGGCUCCUCCGGACGAGUUCUCACUUUCAACUAUCAGGAGCGUUACAGAUAACUUUAACAACAAUAAGAUUCUCGGUGAUGGAGGUCUGUGCACGAUUUACAAAGGCGUCUUUCUAAAUGGUAAGACAGUAGCUGUAAAGCGGCUCCGGCCUGAGUAUUACAAUGACAACAACAAGAUCUUCGACGAGGAACGUAGGUUUUUGAAAGCCGUGAAUCAUCCAAACAUUGUCAAGUACCUUGGAGCGUGUUCCAGUCCAAAGCUUAAGGUCUUGGUCUACGAGCAUAUGGCCAAUGGAACCUUGGAUAUGCACUUACACAAGGAAAGAGGAGGCCUGUCAAGCUUGUCAUGGAGUUCACGAAUGAAUAUCGCUGCUGGAGUGGCACAGGGGUUGGCGUAUUUGCAUGGUGAGUGGAAUGAGCCUCAAGCCAUGCAUUGUGAUCUUAGAGGAAGGAGUGUUCUUCUCGAUGAUAAGUUCAAUGCACACAUUAGUGAUAUCCGUUCGAAAAACACAAGCCUAGCAUUCACUAAUCCAGAGAAAAGCAUUGGAACAUCAACUGGCUAUCUGCCUCCAGGUGGACACACUUUCAUUUUCUCUUGUUUCUUUUUACUCCUUUUUUCUCAUUUAUGUAUCACGGAUGGAGCAGAGUAUGCUACAGACAUUGAGCCUACUACCGAGGGAGAAGUUUUCAGCUUUGGUACUUUACUUAUGGAGCUCUUGACAGGGACAGAACCAGCAGCUCCAGUAGAAAAUGAUGUUGAAGGUGGCCUUCAAGGAAUUAUGGAACAAGCUUUCCCCGAUAAUCUCCAGUCUGUACUUGACCCAGCUAUUAUGGGUAGAGCCUCCUAUGAUCAAAUUGUCUUGUGUACAAAGAUAGCUUUAGAGUGCACCAAGGCAAAUCCCGAGGAAAGACCAAAGAUGGAGGAUGUUCUUAGGAUGUUUGAGCAAGCGUACUCUCUGAACACUCCCGCUCUGGACUUGAACGAUCUACUGGUUGCAAACGAAGCUCAAUACCUAAGGGAUCAAAACCCAACCUCCAUAUAUGCAUCUACAAACAGCAUCACCCAAGAUACUUAG